AUGACUUCGUCUGCGGUCACCAUUGCAUUGGUGGUGACUGUCGCACAGCACAGCUUAGAAGCCGAUGCCACCUCAACGUCGCUUUUGGACAAAAGAUUGGCAGCGGGAAUCCUCGCCUCGGUGCCAUCUGGAUAUGGUUCGCGACCCCCGCCAAGAGGAAGGGCGAAGUCGGGAGCAGGAACGCUCUUACCUGCUUUGUCAGAGCGCCCCCUUCGACUGCAGCGAAGCCUCGAUUAUUCAAGUAGACCGUCUCCCACCGUGUUGGCGGAGGCAGCUGCCAUCAAAUUGCACAACCACUCCAACGAAGCUGUGAGGCCACCUGUGACAGCGCACACGAGGGAACCCGCUGACGCGGGGCACUGGGAUGCAUACGACUAUGCCCUCGCGGAAGCCGUUGAGGCGGUGAUCGACGCAAAAAACACACGAAAGGACGAAGACAGACGCAGUUACGAGGUCUCUUCCGCCUUUUCGAACUUCUCGAAACUUCCUCAACGCAGCGGAGCCGCCGCUCAAGCCGCAAUCUCGGAGUUGACAUUGGCGCCUGUCCAUGGACGGCGAGAAUUGCUUCAACUGUUCCUCGAAGAUGCCCCCGGACUACCCCAAGAGACGUGGAGAGAAAUCUUGUUGUUCAGAUUAGAGAAGCUGCGCGCACUGAAACAAGACGACGCUCGACCCACAUCUGCACACACGAGCUCGUCUCUCUCCGACUUGGUAGAGAGCUGA